CACACGGUAUAAUGGGGCUAAGGACAAUGUCAAAGAGGACACACCUCUGACAAAAUAAAUACUCAGUUUAGGCAGGUGGUGGAGUACGGUAGCUACAGUAGACUUUUACAAAUUACAAGACGAAUAAAAGCACGAUUCUUAUGAAAAAUAUAUGUCGGGAAAUGUCCAUUGAUAAGUAUAUAAUCGAUUCAUUAUCAGUACCCAGAAAUGUGAGAAAUGUUACCGUUAUUGACAUACUAUAGGCUCCUCCCCUACAGUGAAGCAGAAUCGCUUGACGUUGAACCGCAACCUCUUUCGUUUCCAGCUUUGCAGAUCUCCAUUUUCUUCGGGCCACUAUUCAGGAAAAGAGGAGAAAACACCUGGGAAAAUGAAUGAAGAAUACGACGUUAUCGUGCUGGGUACCGGACUGACGGAAUGCAUCCUGUCAGGAAUCAUGUCGGUGAAGGGGAAGAAGGUCCUGCACAUGGACCGGAACUCCUACUACGGGGCAGAGAGUGCCUCCAUCACUCCCCUGGAGGAUCUGUAUAAACGCUUCAGUCUCCCAGGCGCCCCACCGGAGUCCAUGGGAAAAGGCCGGGACUGGAAUGUGGACCUCAUCCCGAAGUUCCUCAUGGCCAACGGUCAGUUGGUCCGCAUGCUGCUGAUCACACAGGUGACGCGCUACCUGGACUUCAAGGUGAUAGAAGGCAGCUUCGUCUACAAAAAGGGCAGCAUCUACAAAGUGCCCUCCACCGAGACCGAGGCCCUGGCAUCCAGUCUGAUGGGGCUGUUUGAGAAACGGCGCUUCAGGAAGUUCCUGGUUUUCGUGGCUAACUUUGAUGAAAACGACCCCAAGACCAUGGAGGGCGUGGACCCAAACAAGACGACGAUGAGGGACGUGUUCAAGAAGUUUGACCUGGGCCAGGAUGUCAUCGACUUCACAGGACACUCCCUCGCCCUCUACCGGACAGACGAGUACCUGGACCUGCCUUGCAUGGACUCGCUAAACAGGAUCAAGCUGUACAGUGAGUCUCUUGCCAGAUAUGGCAAGAGUCCGUACCUCUACCCCCUCUACGGCCUGGGGGAGCUGCCCCAAGGGUUCGCCAGAUUAAGUGCUAUCUACGGAGGAACCUACAUGCUGAACAAGCCCAUUGAGGAGAUUGUCAUGGAGGAUGGAAAAGUAGUGGGAGUCAAGUCUGAGGGAGAGAUCGCCCGCUGUAAGCAGCUGAUCUGCGAUCCCAGCUAUCUAAUGGACCGCACAACCAAGGUCGGUCAGGUGAUCCGGGUCAUCUGCAUCAUGAGCCACCCCAUCAAGAACACCAGUGACGCCAACUCCUGCCAGAUCAUCAUCCCCCAGAACCAGGUCAACAGGAAGCACGAUAUCUACGUGUGCAUGAUCUCCUAUACUCAUAAUGUGGCAGCACAGGGGAAGUAUGUGGCCAUCAUCAGCACCACAGUGGAGACGGACAACCCUGAGAUGGAGGUCAAACCAGCCAUGGACCUGCUGGAGCCUGUCGAGCAGAAGUUUGUGAGCAUCAGUGACCAGUACGCACCAACUGACAUGGGUGCUGAAAGCCAGAUCUUCAUGUCCCGUACCUACGACGCUACCACCCACUUCGAGACCACCUGCGACGACAUCAAGGACAUCUACAAGCGGAUGACGGGAACCGAAUUUGACUUUGCCGAGAUGGAGCGCAAGAAGAACGACAUCUUCGGCGACGCAGCUGACCAGUAGAGAAACGAGCGAGUCUGCAACACUCGUGAAUAUCAGAUAUUUGCCACCGACAACUGAAAUCUUAAAAAAAUAAGGAAAACUAUCCAAAAAAUAUAGAUAAAUGGGCUGGCUGGCGAUCCAAGUAUAUGUUUUGCCCGUUAUGGAAGUUCACCCUAUAUAUGAAGUUACAAUAUAGCAUCACUGGAAAAGGGGGCCAAGUGGGAGUUAUGCCUUUUAUAAUUACAUUCAGACAGUUGUUGCACUGAACAUUGGUAUACAUACGCCCUACAUUUUUUUCAUAAUGUAACUGAUAAUUUUCUCUCCUGGAUGAGGGCGUUUAGUCCAAAUAUGUCAAAUCAAUUGAUCAAUCAAAAGAAAACAGUACCACGGUGUGGGAGGGUCAAAUCCAUUUUGUUCAAAUACUAAAAAUAAAUAAUGCAACCAUGUAAAAGCAUAAGUGUGUUGGGGAAGUGAAUCAUGACAUGUGAUCAGAUCAGUUGUAUUUUUCUUGUCAGGUGUUUUCGUUGUUGUGAGGGAGGUAAGUGAGUGGCUUGGCUUGUUCCAGUUUACAAUGAAGCAAUAUUCCUAACAGGCCGUAACCAAAAAAGGGUUUGGCCAGCAAAGCUUCAUUUGACCACCAAAACCUUGUGAGAGAGAGGAAGCUUUUAAUUGUUUCCUGUUACCAGCUAAUAUAAAUACUCCCAUCGAUUGUGAUGGGGGGGGGGGGGGGGGGCUUGUUUUUUGUUUUCAUUUAUCAGCUCCCUUGUCCUGGUGGCUCAUCUCCAGCCUCUAGCAGACAGCCCUGGGCAAGGCAUCUUACUGUACCUAGGCCAAGCCACUGAACGAGCAAGUGUAGUCCAACUACCUGGACCUGUUUGCAGCAGCUUGAGUAACCAUAAUGUAAUAGAAUACUAUUCUUUCCUUUACUAUUAAAAAUGAACAGACCCAAGCAGACUGAAGCAGGUUGGGGAUUUGUGGUGAGGUUGACUAAUUGCUUUAAAAGGACCAAAUGUCUACUAUGGCAGUAUUGAUAUGACAAGGGCCCUGUUUAAAUGUCAUCAAUGUAUAAAAAAUAAAAAAAAGAUUACAAAAAGACGGUGCUCAAAUGAUUUCUGUACUGCAAAGUAAAAAUUAACUUGUGAAAAAACAAAA